GAUAGAUAGAUAGAUAGAUAGAUAGAUAGAUAGAUAGAUAGAUAGAUAGAUAGAUAGAUAGAGGUGGGCUCAGCGGCGGUUGUAAGUGAAGGACUAGUUGUACAGUCAUCCUUAAUGAGACCACAAUCACUCUCUUCAAUUAAACACACAUUUCAAAGGAAACAAAUGCACAUUUGGUUUUUUUACCCCAGAUCCUAUGGGUGGUCCCCGAGAGCUCCCCAUUUUGUGUCCUGCUUUCAAGCACUGCCACUUAAACUCUUGAUUGGAAUGGGCUUCUUUAAAAAUAAAAAUAGAAAAACAGUAUGAAUACAAAGGAUUACAUUGUGCAAGGAGGGCUGAGUGCAGAAAAAAAAAAAGGGAUUUCCCGUGCUUUAUUGACAGCACCUGGAAAUAUUUCCUGGAGAACUUUUUUGGGUGGUCCAGCUGAUGCUUCUGCAGCUCUUGAAAACCUUUGGCUGUUCGUCUGCCCAGCCCUUCCUUCCUUCCUUCCUUCCUUCCUUCCUUCCUUCCUUCCUUCCUUCCUUCCUUCCUUCCUUCCCUCCCCAAUGAGAAUGGUUGCUUCCGUUGCUAUUGGAGAUGGAAAACACAGGGCCAGCCAGCGACUCUACCACAAGAUCUCAAGAGCAUCAGCUGCACAUGGAAGAGGUGUGCAAAAAUGUGGCAGACGCCUGCAGAAAUCCAGAAUCGAAGGCGACGUCACCCAAAAGGCAGAAAUCCUGGCAGGACAUCCUUAUCACUGAUUGGGUGGAUGAUAAAGGAUUACUAGUCACCCAUGUUAACCAAACGCAGGAUUUAAUGCGGCUCAAGAACACGGAGGUGAUGUUUGCUAAUUUAAAAGCCACCGACGACUGGAUUCAGGUUUACAGCUUGGCUAACUUGCAACUCUCCCUGGAGGAUUUGAUGAAGAAAGGCACUGCCACCACCACGGAUGCGAGCAACAUGGUGGAGUUUACCCAAGAGGAGGUCAACAGUUUUGAAUCUCAGCUGCAAAUGGCCAUCGAUCUAUAUGACAAACGGAUGCGUUGGCUUCUCCGAGGCUCUAAGAAGAUGUUCGGUGUCAUUCAAGGAAACAAGGUUGGCGUUCUGAUCGAAACGUCCAGCGUAGGUUAUGGAUCAGGACUGCAAGGGUUCCAAAUGGAUCUCUUGUCGUUAAUUAACGAACAGCUGAGUUACACGAAGAAACUCUACUUGAUUUCGUUUGGCACUGAGGUCUCGGCUCUGUGGGAGGAACCCCGGGCAGUCAAUGGGGAUCGAUUAAAUGAAGCCAGGCAGUGGGUCCAGGAGCUGAAACCUACCCGAGGCUGUAAUUUGCUAAACGCUUUAAAGAAAGUCCUGGAGAUGAGAGAGCUGGACUCCGUGGCGAUCAUAGUAGGAACCUGUCCAGACCAGACGACGGAAAUUUUGUCUGAUUACAUCCAGCAGUGCUCUGUGGGAAGACGUUUGCUGGUUCACACUGUGGCGUACAACUGCAGCAGUCAGGGGCCUCCUGCCAUUCUCAAAAGCUUGGCCGAAGAGGUGGGAAGCCGUUACCAUUGCUACUCAGGAGAGAUUGAGAGUUGCCAGAGCACUGAUAUUCAGCUGGUUCUCUCUGAGCAGCAAAAAGCAGGCAGCUUGCUCAAGAUCGUGGAGGAGAUCUAUGAGGGCAAGAUGGGUGACUCGCUUUUCAAUUUAGUGAAAAAUAGUUCAACGGAACGUUUAAGCUCAUCCUCUUUGGUACAGCUGUCCAAACCCCUCCAGCACGAGCGCCCUCUUGCAAUCCAGAUCCCCAAUUUCUUGGCCAAAUCUUCCGCCGAAUGGUUAAAAGCCAAUGGAUUGCGAGCCAAGAAGCUUGGCCUUUACCAAGUCUUAGCACCCAAUGCCUUCUCGCCCGUGGAAGAAUUUGUGCCUGUCCUUCGCAAAACGGUAUCGUCCACUCUGCACGGGAAUGCCAUGAUGCAGUUUGAGUGGCACGAUGGGACAGUGAAAAAUAUCCACGUAGAUCCUCCAAUAUUAUAUGAUUACCAGAAGCAGCUGGGGCAGAUGGUGAAAUUGUACGAGAGACGCAUUGAUUGGCUAUCUCUUUCCAGCAGAGGAAUUUGGGGAACAGUUUGUGAAAAGAGGGUGGUUAUCCUGGUUGAUAUCUCCAAAACGAAUUCCCCUUACAUCUUUCAUCUCCAACAUUCUCUACGCCUUUUAUUAGAAGAGCAAAUGGCCAGUAAGGACCUGUUCAACAUCCUUGCCUUUGGAAAUGACGUUAGGGCUUGGCAACCUGAGAUGGUCCCACCUCAUCCAGACAACUUGCAGAGUGCUUGGAGAUGGGUUCUGUGUCUUCGUGCCAAGGGCACCAGGAAUCUUUUGAAGGCCCUCAAAAGAGCCGUGGAGGUGAAUUUUAAAGAUAAAGACAGGCAUGCAUCUCAAGGCCUGUAUCUGCUGGCAGCUGGAGUGCCAGAUCAGGAGACGCACCUCAUCUCUUCUUACCUGGUUGAAGUCUGUGGGGGCUGUGAUUUGCAACUCCACGUUUGCCUCUUCAGUGUUAACUCUUAUUCGUUUGAAGAAGACCCGCCACCACGCUACGCGAGUCCCGAAGAAACCGCCACCGCUUACAAAGAAAUUGUGCAGGCCGCCAACGGACGUUUUCAUUGCUUUGGAGAAACAGGUAUCAACGAAAGCGAUGACAUCAGCCUUAUCCUAUCUGAAAUGGAAAAAGCAGUUAAUUACUCUCACAAGUGUGCCGUGUUAGUGGACUCUUUAAGGCAGAGAUCAGGAAACAUUUCAAGGAACCAGUCACCUCCCAUGACAGAUGACCUGUCAUCACUAAAGAAAGAAGAAAAAAAACCCAGACCUUCAAAAUUACCAUUUCCAAAGCCGACAGCCCUCACCCUUGCCAGGAUGCACCAGGAUGGCGAGAGGACUGGUAGCCCCAAGGCCCUUUCGUGGCGUCCUCCAAGCGGCAAAGCGGAAAUCCCACCAGUUCAGCCCAUAAAAGAGAUUUUCCUGGCCAGAAAGAAAUUGAACCUCAAGGCAAAAAGACAGCCAGCGAUGUCAGACUCUUUGCUGGAUCACCGCCAAAGGAAAAACAUAGAGGCAGUUUUCAAAAAGAGCGGGAAAAGAUUGAUUGCUUCGCUGAUGUUGCCAAAUGAGGAGGAAAUCUGCUCCACCAAGGCAUGGCUCAGUAAAUGCAGCCUGAAAAAGCUGAAGCUAGAUUUGGCCACUGUUGUGUUUGGACCCGGGAGCGUCCAUCGGAAGCAGAUGGUGGAAUCGUUGCACAAGAAAGUUUCGGCAAAAUAUUGUGACAUAUUCCCAAGUGUAGAAAUGCAGGGGAUGGUGAAGCAUCUGCAGAUUCAAUCCAAGGAUUUGGAUGAUUACAUGAAGCAGUUGGAGAGAGUGUUGCAAUGCUACGUCCGAAGACUACAGUGGCUUCUCUCGGGCAGCCGCCGAUUCUUUGGAGUCAUCUUGGAAGCCAAAGUUUGCAUCCUCAUUGACACAUCUGGUUCCAUGGAGCACACCUUGAGUCUGGUUGCCAAAGAGCUCACCUCCCUAAUCUGGGAACAGCUGAGGAAGAAGGCCACCAAGUUCAAUCUCAUCGCUUUCUCAGAAGAGGUCCAAUUUUGGCAGAAGACUCUUGUGGAGGCCACCGAUGAAAUGUGCCACGAGGCUGCCCAGUGGGUGUCACUCUUUCAGGCUCAUGGGAAUACAUCCAUUUUGAAGGCUUUACAGCAAGCCUUUAGUCUGGAAGAAGUAGAAGCCCUCUACAUUCUGACCGAUGGAAAACCUGACACCAGUUGCAAUUUAAUUCUCAAAGAAAUUGAAGCGCUUAAGAAAAGUCGGGCCGUUACCAUCCAUACCAUUUCUUUCAAUUGCUUGGACAGAGUGGCCAAUGACUUCCUCAAGAAACUCGCCUUCCAGACCGGUGGACGCUACCAUCGUUGCCACGGAGAUGUGGACGGACAGUUGGCUGCACACCAACUGCUUUCGCAAGGUUUUAAAGAUAUGGAGGAUCCCAUUUUCCCUUUGUUUGAAGGAGACGAUUUGAAGAAGCUUGUCGAAGAAAUCGACAAAGCUAGGAAAUAUUUAACGCAGGCAAAGACUUUUAGAUCACUUUUAGAAAAAAAAGAAGACGAAUGAGAAGAGCUGUCUCACUUAAUCCAAUGGCUUCCAGGGCUUUGAAAAACAACACGCAUUGAAUUCUGUCCUGUGUUUGAAUUCCCCACCAUUUUGUGCAGGUAGCAUUGUGGUGUGGUUCAAGGAAAUUUAGCCAAUUAACAAUCAUGAUAAAGAAAAGCUUGCCGUGCUUCUAAUGGUCACGUGUGCUAGUAGUUGCAUCUGGGGAGGAGGGGAUGAUGUCAAAACAGGGGAAUGACUAAGAUAGCACGUGUGGUCACAUCCGUGUUCUAUAUACAUUGAACAAUCCGUAUAUAAAAGGGGAAGGAAUUGUAUUGCACAAUCACAGCUGUCCUCUUGACUGUUUUUGACUCACAGCAUCCAUAUCUGCUACAUUUCUGUAAAUCAGAUAAUAGUUGGAUGCUGCUCUUUUGAGGAACAUCAAAAGAGUUUGCUAAUUUUCAUCCACUCACCUUAGUCUUCUAAUCCGAUUAUUGGCCAUGAAAAUUAGUCUAUAACAGUGAUGGCGAACCUUUUAGAGCCCGAGUGCCCAAACUGCAACCCAAAACCCAUUUAUUUAUUGCUGGGUGGGCGUGGCCCACUGGGUGGUCAUGGUUGUGGUCAUGGCAGACUGGGUGGGUGUGGCCAAGGUCCCCUCGAUGUUGCUCGUCGGGAGGGACGCCUAUGGGAGCCGGGCAGGGUUAGGGGAGAUCCAGGGGGUCUCUGACAGGUGGGGUGGUGGGCAGGAGGCUCGUCCUGUGGGGUGAGGUGAGGCAGGACAGAGGUGUCAUUGCCGCGAGGCCAGUGAGUGCAUGAAGGCCAACAGUGUCUGUCAGCAGCCACCACCUGUCAGCCACUCAAUUGGUGCAUUUGGGUGCUCCGCAGCCCACCGCCAGCAGUUCAGAGAAGCCAUCUCUGAGCUGGAUGGCCGGCCAACAGCUGAGGAGGCGAUGCCCAGGAGGUCAUGCCCAGGAAAAGGAGAGCAUGCGAGGC